AUGAGAGAGGAUACUAAAUACAGUUAGGAAGAAAAAAAAGAUCAAGAGAGUUGUGCAACUAAAAAUGAUUAGCCUGAAAUAAUUAAGACUUAUACAUCGGUUGAAUAAGUCAUUUUAAGCAAAAUUCGAGCUUAAGUGAAGGAAUAGAAGGCUACACCUGGCACAAAAAAUAAAUAAGCUACAGGUGUUGGGAAAGACAAGUUGCCUGAAGAAUUAGCACCUGGUGAAUAGAUUACUUUUUGCGGAUGCUGCGCAAGAUAAAUUUAAAAAACUAAUCUUCCUUUAAAUGUAGAUACUAUAGAAUUAGCUUUUCUAGGAUCAGCUUAUGUAGCAUACUUAGAAUACAUAAAAUUUGCAGCUAGACUUAUUUUGACUUUCUUUUUGACUUCAGGCUUCUUUAAUUUACUAACAAAUUCAGCAUUCGGAGUUGAUUGCCAAAGCCCUGCUUAGCUAAGUAAAUCUAAUUAGUAAAAUAUGGAGUGUGUAAAAAAUUGGGUUACAGAAUUCAGCCUUGGAAAUAAAAGAUCAGAAAAAGCAUUGAUGACUUCCUAGUCUUUCUUUAAUCUGUUUAGUAUUAUAAUAUGCAUCAUUCAAUUUCAAAAGUUUAGAUAUUAAAUCCGAUUAACUGAAGAGGAAUGCGAUGAAAGGGAAAUAAACGCUGCAGACUAUUCCAUUUUAGUCUCUGACAUUCCUGAUGAAUUUACAUAUGAAGGAGAUAUAGAAAACUUAAAUUAUGAAUAGCUAUUAAAAGAGUAUUUUAGUAAAAAUUUAGCUGUAUAAUAGAAAUAAAAUAAAAAGGCUAAUCAAAGAGACAAUAAUUCAAAUAAGGAUUCGAACUCGAAUAACUCAAAUAUAGCAGAUGUUUUAAAGGAAUAGCCAAAAGAAACAGAGAUAGUAUCUGUAGGACUAUGUUUUGAUUUGAAGAAAUUUAAAGAAAUAGAAAACAAUUUAAAUUAAUUAAACCAAAAAUUAUCUAGAUGUAAAGAUGAAAAGUAGAAAGCUAAACUACAUCAUAUCAUAGCAGAAGUAGCAAAAUAAAGAGAUAAUUUUUCAAAGGACUAUACAACUGUAGGAGAAAACAGAUACAAAAUAAACAAUUUUACUGGCUAUGCUUAUGUAAUAUUGCAAUAUGAAGAUGAUUAAGAAAGAAUAACUGAAUUCUACGAGGAUGUGGAGUAUUUUGCUUCUCUAAUAACUGGAAAAAAAUCAUAAAAAUUAUAGUUUUAAGAUAAAUUUCUUACGAUUGAACCUGCUCCAGAUCCAAAUAAUAUUUUCUGGUUAAAUUUAAGACACACACAAGGAGAACUAUUAGUUAGAAGAAGUGCUCUCUUUUUUAUAACACUUUUGCUUCUUGGGGGUUGUUUAGGCCUUCUUUUCUCAUUUUAAUUGAUCCAAAUGAAAGUAGGUGCUGAAGCAAAUAAAGAUAGUGUAAUAGUAACUAUAUUAUCUUUUUCAAUCUCUGUAUCUAUCAUCAUAUUGAACUUAAGUGUAUAAAUUGGAAUUCAGUUUAUUGCAGAGAAAGAGGCAAGACCUACCAAAAUAGGAUAUUAUGAUUCAAUAGUAAUAAAGCAGGCGUUUGGCCACUUUUUAAAUACUAGUGUGCUCCUAUUUAUCAUUUAGGUGUUUAUUUAUUAAGAUGGUGAUGGCUAUGGAAAAUUGUUUAAAGCAGGAGGAUUAGCAUAUAAUAUGAAUAGCAUUUUCAUGACUAAUAUGAUUGUUUAAAACUUAGUAUAAGGAAUCAACAUACCAUUUUAUGUUUCUAAAAGUAUUAGAAAAGGUUUUAUGAAAGUCGGAAAUACCGAACAUUUAUAAAAGUUAGUAGGUAAUCAGGAAUAACUUAACUAGUAUUUUGAAAAUCCAAUAUUCAAUUUAUAUAAUAACUAUUCAAUAGUUAUAUCUUCAGUUUUUUCUUCUUUAUUCUAUGCUCCAGUGAUACCAUUCGCUUUGGUUUGGACUUUCUUUUAGCUAGUUUUGAAAUAUUGGGUUGAUAAACAUUGUAUAAUAAAAUAAUCUACUUUAAAUGUUGGUCCCAACAUUAAUUUAUGUAAAGAGAUGAUUGAAAAUUUAGAAUAUGCAUUACCCUUGUAUUGCCUAUCAAAUUUAAUUUUCUUUGUUUACAUUUCCAAGUCUAACGAAUAUGAUUCACUAUCGAUAUUUGGUAUUUUUAUUGGAGUAAUCCAUGCAAUACUACCAAUGGAAUUACUUAAUGAGAGAAUUUAUCCAAUUGAAUCCUCUUGUAGUAAUACUAAAAGUUAUGAAGAAAUGCGUUUAACAUUUAUCACAGAUUAUGACAGAGAGAAUCCAAUUAAAAAAUUAGCUGCAAUUAAGAAACACUACAAAGAUUUAAAGCAAAAAGCAAAAAGAGAAAAAAAACUAGAUGUUAAUUGUUCUGAAUUUCAAGAUUCGAUUGAUUUCUCUCAAACUUCUUCAUCUCCAAUUAUUAAAAAUAUAUAAGCUCUUAAGAAAGAGCAUGUUGCCAGGCCAUCUAUUUUUGGAGCCAGAUAUAAUCAAGGCGAAAUUUAAGUUAGUCAAGCUGAAAAAAAUUACUUAUAAAAUUUAGACUAAGAUGAAAAUCAAAAAAGUUUAUUGGAAGGAAAAGAUGAAUUUUAAUCAUAAAAUGGCUUUGGUCAGGAUUAGGAUCAAAUCUAGUGCUAACAAAAUUAAAAUAAUUUGUUUUCUAAUUAUUGCAAAAAUAUGAAUAUAGCUUAAGAUGAAGAAAAUCCAAAUUAGCUGAGGAAUGGAGCUACUUUAGAAAAUGAUACUUAAUAAAAUUAUGAAAAGUAAAUAAAAAAACAAACUUCACUCUUGUCAGCUGAGGGACAGUAAUAAUAUUAGUAUAUCUAAGAGGAAUUAAGAAAUAAAAAUAACAGUGGCUCAUCAUCCAGAUAACUAAGCCGAUAAAGUACCACUCAAGUUGUGAAUGAAUAGAAAAAAUUAAAAUAGGAUGAUUAUUUACAAGAAUCUUAAAAUAUAGAUCUUUAAAAGAUUUAGAUCGACUUUGAAAAUCUAAACUAGAAACUUAGGUCAAAAUAAAACACAGAAAGCACUAACACAGAGCAUUUAACAAAUGGAUAUAAUGAAAUAAACAAACUUGAUGAGAAUUUUAAAUUAGAUGAAUCUCCUUAAAAUUAAAAUAAUUCGAAAUACUUAGAGAUGAUUUCUUCAUCAAAAACAAGUGAUUUAUUGCAGCAUUUUAUUUAAAACUCAUAAAAAAUUAGUUAAUUAAAUGAAAUUUACAACACAAGUGACAAUCUAAGCAAAAAUUUUGAUGAAGUUAAAACUUAGUAGCAAGAAUCUGAAAUGAAAUCAAGUAGUAAAAAAGGACUAAAAUCUCGUGAAAAAGCUUUAAGCUAAUAAAAGAAAAAUAGCAAAAUGCAAGACUAAUACAUUAAAAGAAAAAGGGAUGAAGAAAAUAAACAAUCAUUACACUUAUCUGAACUUUUCUUUGCAGAGGAUAUUUAAUUUAAUAGAUCAGUAACACCGUUUUCACCUUCUGAUAUCAACUUCAAUAAUUCAAGUAAGUCCUAUAAACUAAAAUAAGAGUUAUUUGCUUCAAAUAAGCAGUAAUAGCAGAUCGAGACAUUCAAUUUUAAUAGUGAUACUGAGGUAAAUGGAGAAUCUAUUAUCUAUAAUUAAAGCAUCUAGAAUAUGAACUAGUAGACAGCCCGAAAAAGCUAAUAUCAACAUAGUUGA